AUGAGUUUAACAAAUAUUAGUGGGAAUGCACGAGCUGUUAGAAGAUUAAGAACAGCAUGUGAAAGAGCAAAAAGAACAUUAUCAAGUGCAAGUGUUGCUAAUAUUGAAGUUGAUCAAUUAUAUGAAGGAAUUGAUUUUUAUACAUCUAUUACACGAGCUAGAUUUGAAGAAAUCAACAUUGAUUUAUUUAAAUCAACUAUUGGACCAGUUUCAAGAGUAUUAGAAGAUGCUAAAAUAGAUAAAAGUAGUAUUGAUGAAGUAGUAUUGAUAGGAGGAAGUACAAGAAUUCCAAAAGUCGUUGAGAUAUUAAAAGAAUUUUUCAAUGGGAAAGAACCAAAUAAAAGUAUUAAUCCAGAUGAAGCAGUUGCGUAUGGAGCAGCAGUACAAGCAGCUAUAUUAACAGGAACCGGAGGGAAAGCAACAGAAGAUGUGUUAUUACUUGAUGUUGCACCACUUACACUUGGAAUAGAAACAGCAGGAGGAGUUAUGACAGCAUUAAUUCCUAGAAAUUCAACAAUUCCAGCAAAGAAAUCCGAAAUAUUUUCUACAUAUGCAGAUAAUCAAGCAGAAGUAUUAAUUCAAGUAUUUGAAGGAGAAGCAUCAAUGACAAAACAUUGUAAUUUACUUGGAAGAUUUGAGUUAACAGGAAUAGCACCAGCACCACGAGGAGUACCACAAAUCGAAGUUACAUUUGACAUUGAUGCAAAUGGAAUAUUAAAUGUAACAGCAGAAGAUAAAAGUAGUGGAAAGAAGAAUAAAAUUACUAUUACAAAUGACAAAGGAAGAUUAAGUAAAGAAGAUAUUGAUAAAAUGAUAAGAGAAGCAGAGAAAUAUAAAGCAGAAGAUGAAGAGAAUAAGGCACGAAUUGAAGCAAAGAAUCAAAUAGAAAAUAUGUGUUAUUCAAUGAAGAAUAGUAUUAAAGAAAUGGGAGAUAAAAUAAGUGAAGAAGAUAAGAAGAAAGCAGAAGAAAUAAUAGAAAAGAAUUUAAAAUGGGUUGAUAACAAUCAAAAUGGAAGUAAAGAAGAAUAUGAGAAGAAAAAGGAAGAAGUUGAAAAAGAAAUUGGAGAGAUUUAUUCAAAAAUAACUCAAGGAGGAAGAGGAUUUACAGGAACUAGAAACACGGAAAAAGAAAAUAAAGGACCAAGGAUUGAAGAAGUUGAUUAA